AUGAAGACUCGCACGGCCUCGCCGGGUGUAAGCUCCCGCGGCGCGGCGGCGAGAGGUGCGGCUGCUCAAGGGCCGACGGAGAUCCCGGGCCGCACUGUUUGCCAUGCAGGUGCAGCAGGCGGUUCUCAGCCGGCAGGUGACCAGCUGACGUCCUGGCUGGCGCUGAUCUCCUUCAGCGUCUUGAUGACUUUUGUCUUGUCGGAGCAGUGGGCUGUGCCCCGUAUCGUCCCGGCGGACUCCCCACUUUCAGACGGCUUCAGCGCCGAUCGGACACGAGAUGUCUUGCACGAGCUGGAAGCCUGCGGUCCCAAGUACGUUGGUGCGAGCGGCAACGAGGUCUGUGCUGUUCAGGCAGUCCUGCGGCAGAUUGCGAAAUCUGCCGAAGGCCGCGAGUCAAGGCUGACGUUGGAGACGCAGUCUGCUUCCGGUCAUUUCUACUUGGACUUCAUCGGAGGCUUCACUGUGGCCUAUCGAAAUCUCACGAACGUGGUCGCGCGGGUCCGUGGCCGGAGACCAAACUCGACCUGUGCUUUGCUAAUAUCUUCUCACUUCGACUCGGCCAUUGGAUCUGUGGCAACGUCGGAUGCGAAUGCAGAGAUUGCCAUCAUGACCGAGCUGCUGCGGCUUUUCCUGCACGACCCCCUUGAUGUUGAUGUCGUCUUCAACUUCAACGGCGGCGAGGAAUUCAUCCUGCCCGCUGCGCACGGCUUCGUGACUUCCCAUCCUUGGGCCUCGGAGCUCUGUGCACAGAUCAACCUCGAAUCCGCUGGCUCUGGCGGUCGCGAACUUCUCUUCCAGGUGGGUCCAGAGAAUCGCUGGAUCGUGGAAGCCUACGCUCAACAUGUGAGGCGGCCUUAUGGAUCUUCGAUUUCGCAGGUCCUCUUUCAGACAGGCAUCGUUCCGGGAGAGACCGACUAUCGAAUAUAUCGGGACUUCGGAGGCAUUCCAGGAGCUGACUUCGCUGUUCUGACGAAUGGCUGGGUCUAUCACACCUGGCGAGAUAACAUCGAGCAUCUGGAUUUCCGGUCUGUUCAGAGGUACGGUGACACUGUCAACGACUUUGCACGUGGCCUUGCGAAGAAGCUUGGUGAUGGGCGGCCUACAGGAGAUGAUGUUUCAGAUUCCGCAGUGUUCUUCGAUGUUGGUGGCACUUUCUUUGUGGAAUAUUCGGCAGAUCUGGCAAGGAAAAUGCACGUGGCUGCUGCGAUCGUUGUGCUCUCGAGCUUGCUCGUCAGGCGCGGCGCUGCCUGCGCAGGGGCCAUCUUCAAAGCGGCACUGAAGCUCUUUCUGGCCUUUCUUUCAUCGCUGUUUGCGGCUGCAGCAACGGGCGCGCUUGUCGCCUUCACGCCGGCGGCGCUCGCCGGCUCGGGACACCCGGAGCUCGCUCCGCUGCUUUUCGUACCCCCAGCGCUGGCCGCCUUUCUCGGUUGCCUGAAACUCCUGGGCCGAGACGAGUCCCUCAUCGAAGAAGGGUCCAUUGCGCUUGCUUCGAUGCUGUGCCUCGGCCUCUCGCUGAGCUCCGUCGCCGUGCAGGGAUCCUACCCGUUCCUGCUGUGGUCGGUGCUGCCCGGCCUGGCUGCCUUUUGCCCUCGACCACUCCGCUCGGUUUCGGUCGUGGUGGCCUUCGCGUUGCCGUGGCUGCUUCAUCUGCAGUUCCUGGUGCUGGGGUUGGACCUGCUGUGCCCUCUGACAUAUAGAACUGGCGCUGCCAUUCCUGGCGACGUCGUUGUGGCGGCUUUCUUCGGAUUGAUGACUGGGCUUUUCUUGUCCUUGUCGGCGCGCUUCAUACUGCCCGUUCCUCACUGGGCCACGAAGAUGCUCUGUCUGAUUACCUUUGCCAUGGCAUUUGGUCUGGCGCUCUGGAUCUUCCCGUACAGCUACGACCGGCCCAAGCGCAUCGUCUACCAGCACACAGCACGAUCCCAAGCCACCUGGACUCUGGAGGAGAACGGGACGGCCACAGCACACUGGGAGCCGAUGGAGAGCGGCAUCUGGACUGUUUCCCAGGACUGGAACUCUCUGGACACCAUGCGGAAGUUCGCGCCAUACGGCCUUCCGAAUGGCUCGGAACCUCACGACAACAACAUUGGGCUCUACGGUCAAGUGCCGCUGCCCUUCCCCAUGAAGUGGCUCCUGACGGGCGGUGCUUGGGCAAAGAGAUCCGCUCCAGAGGUUCCUGUCGGGAUUGACGUCCAGCUGGCAUCAGUCCCCGUGUCCGUUGCAGGUGAGGAUCUGCGGAAGGCGCACGUCUCCGUGCGCGGCCCACCCAACAUGAUGCUGGUGCUCUCCCCCCGGCUGCUUGGGCUGCUACGUCAGGGUUGCUCUUUCCAAUGGUUGUGCUGUAGGAACGCCACCUACAAACUAGCCUUGCAUUGCCCUGGCACCUGGCACAUAUUCGUGGGAUAG